GGUUAACUGAGAGAGCUUCUCUUCUCUCAUUCCUAUACCGCCGCUCCUUCUAUUUCUUUUUCUUCUAUUUUCCGGUUUUCUUUUUCUUACUAGCAUUUAAGACGAUUGUUGUUGGAGUCGUAAAAACUUAGCAAAAUGGUGAAGUUUACAGCUGAAGAGCUUCGUGGCAUUAUGGACAAGAAGCAUAACAUUCGUAACAUGUCUGUUAUUGCUCAUGUUGAUCACGGGAAGUCCACUUUGACUGACUCACUUGUGGCUGCUGCUGGUAUUAUUGCCCAAGAAGUUGCUGGUGAUGUUCGUAUGACUGAUACCCGUGCUGAUGAAGCAGAACGUGGUAUUACAAUCAAAUCCACUGGCAUCUCGCUAUACUAUGAGAUGACUGAUGCAGCUCUCAAAGCCUUCAAGGGAGACCGUGAUGGGAAUGAAUACUUGAUCAAUCUUAUUGACUCACCUGGGCACGUUGACUUCUCUUCUGAAGUUACUGCUGCUCUACGUAUCACUGAUGGUGCCCUUGUUGUGGUAGACUGUAUUGAGGGUGUGUGUGUUCAAACUGAAACUGUCCUUCGUCAAGCUCUUGGUGAAAGGAUCCGACCAGUUCUGACUGUCAACAAGAUGGAUAGGUGUUUCCUUGAGCUUCAAGUUGAUGGAGAAGAAGCAUAUCAAACCUUCCAGAGGGUUAUUGAAAACGCUAAUGUGAUCAUGGCUACAUAUGAGGACCCACUUCUAGGUGAUGUCAUGGUUUAUCCUGAGAAAGGUACUGUUGCAUUUUCUGCUGGGCUCCAUGGUUGGGCAUUUACUCUUACCAACUUUGCGAAGAUGUAUGCUUCCAAGUUUGGUGUUGAUGAAUCGAAAAUGAUGGAAAGGCUGUGGGGCGAGAACUUUUUUGACCCAGCAACCAAGAAGUGGACUACCAAGAGCACUGGUUCUGCUACAUGCAAGCGUGGUUUUGUUCAGUUUUGUUAUGAACCAAUUAAGCAAGUUAUCAACACGUGCAUGACUGACAAGAAAGAUAAGCUGUGGCCUAUGUUGGCAAAGCUUGGUGUUACCAUGAAGGCUGAGGAGAAAGAGUUGAUGGGCAAGGCUCUUAUGAAGCGUGUCAUGCAGUGCUGGCUUCCUGCUGCUACUGCUUUACUUGAGAUGAUGAUCUUUCAUUUGCCUUCCCCUCACACGGCCCAGAGAUACCGUGUGGAGAAUCUGUAUGAGGGUCCUUUGGAUGAUCAGUAUGCUAAUGCUAUUAGGAACUGUGACCCUAAUGGCCCUCUUAUGCUUUAUGUUUCUAAGAUGAUUCCCGCUUCUGACAAAGGUAGAUUCUUUGCCUUUGGUCGUGUGUUUGCUGGAAAGGUUUCUACUGGUAUGAAGGUCAGGAUCAUGGGUCCCAACUAUGUCCCUGGUGAAAAGAAGGAUUUGUAUAACAAGAGUGUUCAGAGAACUGUUAUCUGGAUGGGUAAAAAGCAAGAAACUGUUGAAGAUGUUCCCUGCGGUAACACGGUUGCUUUGGUUGGUUUGGAUCAAUUUAUUACCAAGAAUGCAACAUUGACCAAUGAGAAGGAAACUGAUGCCCACCCUAUUCGUGCCAUGAAGUUUUCUGUUUCCCCUGUUGUGCGUGUUGCAGUUCAGUGCAAGGUUGCAUCUGAUCUCCCUAAGCUUGUUGAGGGUCUUAAACGUCUUGCUAAGUCUGACCCUAUGGUUGUUUGUACUAUUGAGGAAUCUGGUGAACACAUCAUUGCUGGUGCUGGAGAACUUCAUCUUGAAAUUUGUUUGAAGGACUUGCAAGAAGAUUUCAUGGGUGGUGCUGAAAUUAAUGUUUCAGAUCCAGUUGUGUCCUUCCGUGAAACUGUCCUUGAGAAAUCAUCUCGCACUGUUAUGAGCAAGUCCCCUAACAAGCACAACCGUCUCUACAUGGAAGCCAGGCCCUUGGAGGAGGGACUUGCUGAGGCUAUAGAUGAUGGCAGAAUUGGUCCACGUGAUGACCCAAAGGUUCGCUCCAAGAUCUUGUCAGAGGAAUUUGGAUGGGACAAGGAUCUUGCCAAGAAGAUCUGGUGUUUUGGUCCUGAAACAACCGGUCCCAAUAUGGUGGUUGAUAUGUGUAAGGGAGUCCAGUAUUUGAAUGAAAUCAAGGAUUCAGUGGUUGCUGGUUUCCAGUGGGCUUCUAAAGAAGGUGCUUUGGCAGAAGAGAAUAUGAGAGGUAUCUGUUUUGAAGUAUGUGACGUUGUUCUCCAUGCUGAUGCUAUUCACAGAGGUGGUGGUCAAGUCAUCCCAACAGCCAGAAGGGUUAUCUAUGCUUCUCAGCUUACUGCCAAACCACGUCUUCUUGAACCCGUCUAUCUUGUUGAAAUCCAGGCACCCGAGAAUGCUCUUGGUGGAAUCUACAGUGUGUUGAAUCAAAAGCGUGGGCAUGUGUUUGAGGAGAUGCAGAGGCCUGGAACUCCAUUGUACAACAUCAAGGCUUACCUCCCCGUCGUGGAAUCAUUUGGGUUUUCUAGUGCUUUGAGAGCGUCUACUUCAGGUCAAGCCUUCCCUCAAUGUGUGUUUGAUCAUUGGGACAUGAUGGGUUCAGACCCGUUGGAAGCUGGAUCACAGGCAAACAACCUUGUUACUACUAUCCGUAAGAGGAAGGGUUUGAAGGAGCAGAUGACCCCGCUCUCUGAUUUCGAGGACAAGCUGUAAGCAACAAAGGUACCUGAUAAGGGAAUUUUGUGUGUCCUUAUUUUAUCCUGUCAUAUUUGCUACAAUGUUUCUUUACUGUGUUGUAAUUACUGCUAUGGUUCACUACUUUUAGCCAGUUGUCUUCAGAAUAUUUUCAGACUAUGAUCUUUUAAAUUUUGAGAUUCAUGUUUUUACUA